CGCCGCGUCGCUGAGGGGCCGCGGGCCCGCUCCCCGCACCCGCCCCGCGGCCGUUUCCCCGCGGCCGCCCCGCUCGCGCCCCCGCCGCCCCCGCGCCUGCCGGCGCUGCCGGCGCUGUCGUCGCUGCUGCCAGACAUGACCGCCAUCAUCAAGGAGAUCGUCAGCAGGAACAAAAGGCGCUACCAGGAGGACGGCUUCGACCUGGACCUCACCUAUAUUUAUCCAAACAUUAUUGCUAUGGGGUUUCCUGCAGAAAGACUUGAAGGCGUAUACAGAAACAAUAUUGAUGAUGUAGUAAGAUGUGCUGAAAGACAUUAUGAUACCGCCAAAUUUAACUGCAGAGUUGCACAGUACCCUUUUGAAGACCAUAAUCCACCACAGCUAGAACUCAUCAAGCCCUUUUGUGAAGAUCUUGACCAAUGGCUAAGUGAAGAUGACAAUCAUGUUGCAGCAAUUCACUGUAAAGCUGGAAAGGGACGGACUGGUGUAAUGAUUUGUGCAUAUUUGUUACAUCGGGGGAAAUUUUUAAAGGCACAAGAAGCUCUAGAUUUCUAUGGGGAAGUAAGGACCAGAGACAAAAAGGGAGUAACUAUUCCCAGUCAAAGGCGCUAUGUGUAUUAUUAUAGCUACCUGUUAAAGAAUCAUCUGGAUUAUAGACCAGUGGCACUAUUGUUUCACAAGAUGAUGUUUGAAACUAUUCCAAUGUUCAGUGGCGGAACUUGCAAUCCUCAGUUUGUAGUCUGCCAGCUAAAAGUGAAGAUAUAUUCCUCCACUUCAGGACCCACUCGACGGGAAGACAAGUUCAUGUACUUUGAAUUCCCUCAGCCGCUACCUGUGUGUGGUGACAUCAAAGUAGAGUUCUUCCACAAGCAGAACAAGAUGUUAAAAAAGGAUAAAAUGUUUCACUUUUGGGUAAACACAUUCUUCAUACCAGGACCAGAAGAAACCUCAGAAAAAGUAGAAAAUGGAAGUCUGUGUGAUCAAGAAAUUGAUAGUAUUUGCAGUAUAGAGCGCGCAGAUAAUGACAAGGAGUACUUAGUACUCACUCUAACAAAAAGUGAUCUUGACAAAGCAAAUAAAGAUAAGGCCAAUCGAUACUUUUCUCCAAAUUUUAAGGUGAAGCUGUACUUUACAAAGACGGUGGAGGAACCAUCAAACCCAGAGGCUAGCAGUUCGACUUCUGUGACACCUGAUGUUAGUGACAAUGAACCUGAUCACUAUAGAUACUCUGACACCACUGACUCUGACCCAGAGAACGAACCUUUUGAUGAAGAUCAGCAUACACAAAUUACUAAAGUCUGAUUUUUUUUUUUUAUCAAGAGAGAUAAAGCGCAAUGAAAACAAACUUGAACAGACUGAAAAUGGACCUUUUUUUUUUUUUAAAUGGCAAUAGGACAUUGUGUCAGUUAUAGGAACAAUUCUCUUUCCCUGACCAAUUUCGUUUGCCCUAUACAUCCACAGGGUUUUGACACUUGUCGUCCAGUUGAAAAAAGGUUGUGUAGCUGUGUCAUGUAUAUACCUUUUUGUGUCAAAAGGACAUUUAAAACUCAAUUAGGAUAAAUAAAAAUGGCACUUUCCCAUUUUAUUCCAGUUUUAUAAAAGUGGAGACAGACAUGUGUACCUUAGGAAUUUCCCACUUGUGUUCUGUCACCAACUGAAGUGGCUAAAGAGCUCUUUGAUACACAGGUUCAUAUCCUACCCCUUUGCACUUGUGGCAACAGCUAAGUUUGCAGUUGGCUAAGAGGCGUUUCAGAGGGAUUUUGCUACACUCAGAUGCAUGUGUUCAGGCUAGGGGUGGAGGGAAUGCUCAGGAAGGAAGAGAGGAUGCUGGAUUCUGGACCACGUACCAUCUCCAGCUACUUUCACGCACCUUUCUUUAGCAUGCUACAGUUACUGAUCUGGACAUUGGAGGAAUUGGCCGCUGUCACUGCUUGUUGUUUGUGCAUUCUAUUUUUUUAAGCAUAUUGGUGCUAGAAAAGGCAGCUAGAGGGAGCGAGUCUGUAUUGGGGUGCAGGAACGGACCUUCCACGCCAUCUUAACACACAGAUGAAGGGGAAUGAAAAUACUGUUGUCACAGGUUAACACACACACACACACACACACACACACAAUGACUCAACCAUAUAAUGUGGAGGCUGUCAUCAAAGAAUGGGCUUGAAACAUCACCCUGACAGUGAUUUCCUAAUGACGCUUUCAGUGUAAUCGCUGCUCCAUCUCCUGUGUAAUUGAGGCCAGUGCUACACGUCAGAUGCAGUGAGUCCUUUACACCAGUCACCAACUUGUUGGUACUCUUCUAUCACAUGCCUGCUGUGGGUGCUUCAUGUGCUGCCUGCGAGCUUCUUCUCAGUAAAUAGCAAAUAUUUUGUAAUGCUGCACAGGACAUUUCAAUUUGAGAUUCUACAGUGAGCAUUCUUUUUCCUUUAAAGAUUGAUGAUGUACUCAUUCAAUCCAAGAGCUGUCAUCCGUUCCAACCUUUUGACCUUACAUAUUCUUAUUACAAUGAGUUUUGCAGUUUUGCACAUUUUUUUUAAAUGUCAUUAACUGUUAGGGAAUUUUACUUGAAUACUUAAUACAUUUAAUGUUUAUAUUUAAAAGGAUAUUUCUGUUAAAAAGGAAAUUAGAGUCACAGUAAAUCUUCAACACUGUACACAUAAGGCAUUUGCUUUAUUAGUAGAAAUUGUCCCACAUAAUGCUUCAUUGGUUUGCUAUUGAAAAAUAAGAUUAAAAAAUGUGCAGUGUUGAAUCAUUUCUUCUAGCGCUCUAGAUAGGACUAGGAUUUCAGUUUCACUUCUUAGGUAUCAUAGAUUUGAUGACGCCCAGACUGCAUACGAUUUUUAGCAGAGCACAAACUAUUGUAAAACUAAUGUGAAGAUACUAUUAAAAAAGAUUUUUUUCCCAGAAAUUUGGUGUCUUUCAAAUUAUAUCUUGACUUGAAACAUUUGAGUAUCCAGCCAAUCUGUUUCUUAAAGGUGUAAACUCUUGUUUUCAAUAACUUCCUGGUGCUGAAAUUGUUCACUAGCUGUGGUCUGACCUAGUUACUAGAGACAUGCAGAUUGCAGAGGGCUUUCUAGAGCAGCCUUUGGAGAGUGUGGUGGUGAAUAGAUGAGGCAGAGCUUCAGCUAAAAUACUCUCAGUAGGUCAUGUUGACAUGUUUCCACAGAUUUUUAAUGCAGCUCGUAGACCAUGUGUUGAAGUAGAAAGCUGACUGACCGUCAUCAUCAGUUCAGCUGGUAAGGUCAGAAACCAGCGGCUCCCAGGGUCUCAGCAUUGAAGUUUCUGUGCCACCUCGUCUUUUCCUAAAGCUGAAACCUGUUGACUAAAGUGAAAAUCAACUUUUCAUGCUUUGAAGAUAGUUACUGAUACUUUUAUUUGUUACAGUUUUGGGCACAGUAUAUUUAAACAGAAAAUCUUGUAUUGUUCCAGCAUGUAACGUGGAGGGCCAGGUCCUAAGUGGUGACAUUAUCACGGGCUUUUGCACUGUUAAUAUUUUUCCUUUGGAAUGUGAAGGUCUGAAUGAGGGUUUUGAUUUUGAAUGUUUCAAUGUUUUUGAGAAGCCUUGCUUACAUUUUAUGGCAUAGUCAUUGGAAAUGGAAAAAUGGCAUUAUAUAUAUAUAUUAUAUAUAUAAAUAUAUAUUAUACAUAUUACUACUCUCCUUUAUUUCAGUUACCAUCCCCAUAGAAUUGACAAGAAUCGCUACGACCGAAAGGUUUUUGAGCCCUAAUUAAAACUUUAUUUCUGACAGUAUUCAUGACUAGCCUAGCCUGACACGCAUUCUGUAGGUGAUCUCCGACUUUCUGGGAAGAUUUCUCAGCUUUUCUGGAUGUACAGCCACUUACACGUCUGAAGUUACUUGAAGGCGUCACUCUUAAGAAAGCCCGCCAUCGGGCGGAGUCCUCUCGGCUCCUGGUGGCCCUCUCUGGGCCCUAAUUGUCAAAAGGCAGUUGCAUAAACAGUGUCCCCAGUCUGCUGUGGCACAGGCUAGAAACUUCAGUGGAGGUGACCGGCAGCAUCAGAUGUCUCAGCUUUAAAAAAUGCAAGUAGGGUACCAGUCCCGUGUCUAGUUCUAGAAAAUGUGUGCAAUAUGUUCAGAGCGAUGGCCGUGGUUGCCACAAAGUGCCUCGUCUACCUUUCAAUGCUGUAAGGCGUCCGUCCUGCUUGCAGACGGAGGGCUGGGACUGCUCUAACGCUGGGCUUUCAGUGCAGUGUCCGGCAGUGUUGCCUUCUGCCCUGCCAGUUCAAAAGUUCCAUCUGUCUCCAUAUAGAAUAUAUAUAUAUAUUAAAUUUUUUUCAGUCUGUUAAACAGCCUUACUCUGAUUCAGCCUCUCCAGAUACUAUUGUGCUGUGCAGCAGUGGCUCUGUGUGUAAAUGCACUGAGGAUACACAAAAGAAAAAAAAAAACAGUGUACAGGACUAUGCCUCAUACCAACCUGAUGUCCAUUUGUUACUGUGUUUGUUAACAACCCUUUAUCUCUUAGUGUUAUAAACUCCACUUAAAACGGAUUAAAGUCUCAUUCUUGUCA